UCAGCUAUAUUAAUCUUUUAAAUCAAACAAAAAAUGGAUUUCUUAAACUCAUCUGAUCAAAACUUGACCUCGGAAGAACUGUUCGACAGAAUGCCAUCCAAAAUUCUGGUGUCCUUCAUUCUCUCUGGGCUGGCACUGAUGACGACGACCAUUAACUCACUUGUGAUCGCUGCAAUUAUUGUGACCCGAAAGCUACACCACCCAGCCAACUACUUAAUUUGCUCCCUUGCAGUCACAGAUUUUCUUGUAGCUGUCCUGGUGAUGCCUUUCAGCAUUGUGUAUAUUGUGAGAGAGAGCUGGAUUAUGGGGCAAGUGGCCUGUGACAUUUGGCUGAGCGUUGACAUCACGUGCUGCACUUGCUCCAUCUUGCAUCUCUCUGCUAUAGCUUUGGAUCGGUACCGGGCAAUCACAGAUGCUGUUGAGUAUGCCAGGAAAAGGACUCCCAAGCAUGCUGGCACUAUGAUUACCAUAGUUUGGAUUAUAUCUAUUUUUAUCUCUAUGCCUCCUCUAUUCUGGAGGCAUCAAGGAACUAGCCGAGAGGAUGAGUGCAUCAUCAAACACGACAACAUUGUUUCCACUAUUUACUCAACAUUUGGAGCUUUCUACAUCCCAUUAACAUUGAUUUUGAUCCUCUACUACAAAAUAUAUAAAGCAGCAAAGACUUUAUACCACAAGAGACAAGCAAGUAGGAUUGCCAAGGAGGAGCUGAAUGGUCACCUUUUGGGGAGUGGUGAGAAAAGCAUUAGACUGGUCUCCACACCGUACAUGCUAGAAAAGUCUUUAUCUGAUCCAUCAACGGACUUUGAUAAAAUUCAUAGCACAGUGAAAAGCCCCAGGUCUGAAUUCAAGCAUGAGAGAUCCUGGAGAAGGCAAAAGAUCUCAGGCACAAGAGAACGCAAAGCAGCCACUACCCUGGGAUUAAUCUUGGGUGCAUUUGUAAUAUGUUGGCUUCCUUUUUUUGUAAAAGAAUUGGUUGUUAAUAUCUGUGAAAAGUGUAAAAUUUCUGAAGAAAUGUCAAAUUUUUUGACAUGGCUUGGAUAUCUCAAUUCCCUUAUAAACCCACUGAUUUAUACAAUCUUUAAUGAAGACUUCAAGAAAGCAUUCCAAAAACUUGUGCGAUGUCGAUAUUAGUUUAAAGAAGUUUAUUAUGGAAAGAUUGGGGUUCUUUCGAGGUGAAGUUACUAAAUGAAGGAUAAAGAAUAAAACAUUUAAACUUUUA